UUGUGUCUCAGGACCUUGGAGAUUCCCAUCAAAUGAUAUCGGAGAAAUGUGUUGCCCCCGAAUGAUAGCCUGCAUUCUGUACUUGUCGGCGGCUUUCAACAUGCUGACGGCAUUCGUCCUGCUGGUGCUGUGUGUCCUGGCAGGUGUCAUCUACAAAAUACCGCAAAGAGCCCAACCAGAUCUUAGCAAUGUGUCCAUUUCACAGGUUAGUCCUCGAUCCGAGCCGUUUCCCCGAGUCCCAUGUGUGUCUCUUGCAGCGCAAAAGGGCUCUGAUGUGGGCGUACAUAAUCGCCUGGCCGCUGUUCUUCUCGUGUGUGACCAUCCUGCUGCUGCUGAUCUACUGCUCGGUGAUCGUUUGGUAUGAUUUCCUGCGCUUUUGUUGGCCCCUCUGGUUCUUUGUCGUGUGGUUCGUGACUGCCAUCCCCUCCUGGAUCUUGGCCAUUUCGUACCUGAGCACUGGCCAUGAUAUUUCAACCGAGGCAUCAUCUACAAACUCGGCGCAAUCGUAGAAAUAAAGCAUACAAGAAAUGUA